AUGGAUAAUAAGAAGGGCUUAAAUUUUUUAGGUAAAAACCUUUUUAAGAAUAUUGCUUAAUAAAUACCAUAAUAAAAUUCCUAAAAAAUAAUUAAUGUAGUUGGAUUAGUAGCGAGCGGUAUUUAAAAAGUUACUGAAGAGAUUAAAAAAUAAUAACAAAAAGCUUAAAUCACAAUAAUGGAUACAAGUAUUUUUUUUGAUCCUGUAUUCAAACUAAACCUUUAAAAAAUGAAAAAAAAAAUUAUUUUAAGUAUAUUAUAUGAAAUAAGUUUAAAAUAAGGGUUACAACCUCAGCAAAUUGAUAUUUCAAGCUUCAUAUCUAGUGAUGAGUGUAUCAAAAAUCAUUCAGAAUUCAUAUAGCAAUAAUUAGAAUCACAUUCCGAUUAGAAAAACACAAAGGAAUGGAACUUAUUUUCUUUCUAUUACUUUAUCACAACUUAUUUUGUUGACAAAGCGAAUUACAAAAAAAAUAAUGAAUCUUGCGGACCAACUGAUUCUAAAUUAAAAGAUUGUAUAUAAUAUUUUAUGGAAAAUCUAACUAUUGACAAAGUUAAAGAAAAAAUUGAAGAUAUAUAGAAAACAAUUAAAGAAGAAACUUAAAUAGAUUAUGAAGAAAGUUAUGAAUCGCAGCCUUUAAUUCCCUACUUUUAAUCAUAAGAAAAACAUCAAUACAGCGAUUAUUUCAAAAAGUUUAAAAUGGAUAGAAUUAAAUUGGAUUAACAAGAAUUAAAAGAAGAAGAGGAUUUUUUAAAUGACUUGAUUGAAUGCUACGAAAUCUGGGGAAACAUGAUUUUGAUAGACAAAUACAGGAAUAACAGAGUAUUACUCUACUUAUAAUUUUUAGACAGUUACUUAGCACAAGAGUCAACAACUAAUUUAAUCAAAAAAUAUGAAAUUUCUGAAUUCAAAUUUUUUGAUAAAUUUGAUAUAUUAUCUCUUUUGAUUCAUCCAGAAUAUAUUAGCACACUAAAAUAAGAUGAUGAAGAUGAAAUAUAUUUUUAUUUUCUUCUUAUUUGUUUGUUGAAUUUGAUUAAAUAUAACUAUCUAGUAUUAAAUAAGGAGCAAAAGCUAGUCAAGUUGAUAGAAAAAAUCAAAAGUUUUGAUAAUAUCAAAUUUAAACUAGGAUACCAGUUUCUUCUUAGAUUAAUGAUAGAUUUUUAAGAGAAGUUAACACUUUCUGAAUCGAAUGAUGACUACAUUUCCUAUGAAUUUGAAAACCAAUAUAAACAUGAAUUUUGUUAGAAAAGCUUAGUUUAGUUAUUUAAAGAAUGGACUUAGGAGAAGUAUUAAGUUUAAGAAAAAUAUAUCAACAAAAAAUAACUCCAGCUGUACAUUGAUUCAGCAUAAAGUGCUUUGAUUCUGGCAAUUUUACCAGAUUUAGUUAGGUUUUAUGAUAUAAAUGAGAAAAUACCCUAUCAACCUACUAACAUAGAUGUAGGAUAUGUUUAGCAAAUAGUAAGAGGAAAAAGACUCUUUGAUAAAAAACCUUUAGAAAAAGAAAAAAAUCUUACUUAUUGGGAAGGUUUAAUAAAGAAUAUAUUAAAUGUUAGAGAUAAAGAAUUCAGGAUAAAGAACAGUAAUAACAACAUGAUACCCAGUGAUGAAAAUCAACCUCCUAUUUUUAGUCUAACAAUCUGUAGGAUAAACUUAUUAACUUUAUAAUUACUUUAUAAAAGUGAAAACUAAAAUGAAGAAAAUUCAAGUGAAGCAAAAUAACUUAGAGAGUAAAUUGAAAAAUUAAUAUAGUAAAUAGGUAGCUAUAUGUAUUAAAACAUUUACAGAUAAAGAUAAUUCUAUUAAACUCUUUGUUCUUUAUUAAUAAAGGAAAAUAGUAUCAUGAAUUAUUUGAUUAAUUAAAUUAUAAAAAAUAAAACUUCUGUUGAAACCUAUUAUCAAUCUCAAUAAUUCAAAAAUUUGAUUCUCUCUUUCAGAUAAGAUAUCGAUAUCAGAAAUUUUAUUAAUAUGAGACUUAUCAGAAAUUUUUCUUUAUAAUCCACAGAUGAAACAUUUGAAAGAUUAAGAGAUCAAUUCUUAAUAGUGCAUGAUUAAUUUAUCAAAUAGACUAUAGUAACAGAGAUAAAAGAUCUAGAAGAUACUAAAUAAUAAUUCCAAAAUAUAAUCAAAUACUAUGGUUUUCUUAACAGAAAAAAGUAUGAAGCUUUCAAAAUAAAUAUACAAAUGUACAUUAAACUUGUAGAAUUAAUAAUUGAGCUGAAAUCACCAUCAUAAUAUUCAUAUUUAUAUGAUGAAAUUAAAGAAAUAAGUAGUUCCUAGUUUAUUGUUAAAAAAGUAAAACUUAAAGAAAAUGGAGGCAGAAAAGUAGCUUUGAAAUAACCAUUAGAAGAAGAAAAAGAUUAUUCAAAACAACAAAUGAGAGAGAUUAGUAUUCUUUCCAAUCUACCUAAAAACAACCUCAUAAUUCAAUAUGUAGGUCAUUAAAAAAAUAACAAAUAAUUUUAGAUAUUCUUAGAAUAUUUUAAGGGCGAAACUCUAUUUUCUUUCAUAAAAAAAUUGUAUAAAAGUUAAUAAUUCUAUGAUCAAAAUCAAAAAUUGAAAAAACUUAAAAUUUCUAAAUAAAUUCUUUAAGCUAUUGAAUAUUUACAUGAGCACAAUAUUGUGCAUGGGGAUAUCAAAUUAUCAAAUAUUUUAAUUAACGCAAGAGAUGAAAUUAAGAUAAUUGAUUUUAGCGAAUCAGGCUUUUUGGUUGAAGAAAUAAUUGGUUUUACUGAAGACUAUGAUGCUAAGGAUAAUUUUAAAACUAGAUAUAUAGAUUAUUAUAGCUUAGGAAUAUUGUUGAUUAGAAUUUUUUACUCAUUAGAAUUCAAAAUUCUUUGUAAUUGUGGAGAAAGUAAAAAAUGUAAAUUAAUAAAUCAUGAAGAAUUUAUACUUCAGGCAACUUCUAAAAUUGAUGAAUAAGGAAAAAAUCAGUAUUCUUAAAUAUUUUUUGAUUAAAUAAAAAGUUUACUGAAUGAUUAACCUUACCUAAGAUGUACUCUUAAAGAAUUAAUUUAUAUUAUUGACUUAGAGAUUGAAAUAAUUGAUAAUAAUUUUACAGAAACCCAGCGUUAAGAAUGCGAAUACAAAUAUUUUUAAAAAUAUGGUAAAAUAAUUGAUUAUAAAAAUAUUGUUAUUGAUCGAACAGAUAUGAUAUAAAAUCUCUUAUAUGAAAUCAAUAAUAUUAGCACUGAUCAGAUUAAUCAAGGGAUAAAUUAUCCAUAUAAUUACUCAGUUAGUGAAAGUCAAAAUUAAAAUGAGAUUAAUGAAGAAAAUAAAUAAUAAGACUGUGAAAAAGAUUUAAAUUAAAACUAAUUAUUUUCUGAAAAUAAUAACAAUUCUCAAGAAAAAAAUUAAAGUGUCAGUAAAAUUGAAAAUGAAUUUUUUUAUGAAGAAUAGACGAUUAAAAAAGGAAUUAAAAAUCAUAAUAAUCAAAUUUAAUUAAGAAAAAUAAGUGAAAAUAGCUAAUAUGGUAAAGAAAAACUAAAUUUAUAGUAGAAAUCUAACUCAUAAAACUGGGAAAGUAAAAGCUUAGAAAACUAUUUUAUUGACAAAUUUGAAAAAAAGGAAAAUGAUAUGAUUUUAAUUUAUCAUUUAAGAUAAUUAAAUAUAAACUUUCGUAAUCUAGAAAUAGAUGUUAGUAAAUUUAGACAAAGCACUAGAGUAAAGAUAAAAUAUAUUUUAGAAACUUUGAUUAAAUCAAAAACUUUAACAAUUGAAAAAGUUUUAUUAUUAAUAUCAGAUUAAUAAAUCAGAAAGAUGCUAAAUGAAUUAAUAGGUAUAGUUAUUUAAAAAUAAGAUUUUAGUAAAGAUUAAAAAAAUAAAAUCAAAAAUUACUUUUUACAAUUUAAAGAAUGA